CAGCUACACUGUUCUUCCGGAGCUCCGGCACGCUGUAGUAGCCCGACGUUUACCCCUCAUACCUAAAUAGAUGAUCGUCAUAGACCUACCGACAAGCAACUAGGUACAUCCAUCAUGGCACGCAUACUCAUCACAGGCUCUUCCGAUGGCUUAGGCUCCAUUGUCGCACAAAAGCUCAUCUCCAAGGGUCACUCCGUUGUUCUCCACGCACGCAAUGACCAGCGCGCCAAAGAUGCCACUACCGCUGCGCCUGGCGCCGAGGGUGUUGUGACGGGCGACCUGUCCGACAUCGCAUCGACAAAGUCUAUGGCAAAACAAAUCAACGACAUGGGAUCUUUUGAUUGUAUCAUCCACAAUGCUGGUCUCUACCAAGGUGGAUUCCGCAAGACUGGCGAUGGCAUUCCUGCUCUUGCAGCUGUGAAUACUCUCAGUCCUUUCGUUCUUACAGCUCUUAUCAACAAACCUAAGCGCCUCAUCUUCCUUUCCAGCGAGAUGCAUCGGUCUGGAUCUGCGGACUUGUCUGAUCCUCUUUGGGCCAAGAGUGACGAAAGUGAAUUCAACGAUACUACCGCGUACUGUACCAGCAAGCUACACAACAUUUUGUUCGCCAAGGCAUUUGCGCGACGAUGGCCUGAUAUUCAAAGCAACUCCCUCGAUCCCGGAUGGGUUGCUACCAAGAUGGGAGGUAGUAGUGCGACAGGGAGCGCGGACGCUGCAGUCGAAACAUAUGUCAUGCUCGCUGAAGGAAAGGAGGAGUACGCGAAGAAGACGGGGCAGUAUUUCAACCCUGGACAAAAAUUGGGGUCGCCAAAGAAGGAAGCCGACGAUCAUCAACUACAAGACAAGUUGUUGGAGGCGUGUAGUAAGUUUUCUGGUAUCACGCUACAGUAAACUGUCCAUAUGUCAUGCGAACACAGUCAUUUAUCAUCCCCACUCAACCUGUUGCGCGACAGCUUUCUCUUUCUACGUGGCUCUAUACCAUUCUGGUUAUCCUCGAUCUUACUUCUCUGUCUUCAACUUGGCGAAGUGAUCGUCUUGAUACGCCUCACCCUUGCUAGGAACGUAUCGAACUUAGCCUAUCUGUUGUACCCAGUCACACGCUGUGACGUCGGUCGUCAGUACUAACUGCACGAUAACAUGCUCGCGCUCGAGCUCGAGCAAUGAUUGCAGGCUCUUUUGGUGCAAACUAUGGUGUGU